CUCAUCCAGAAGAACAGCAGCAGUUUAAAGUUGCAAAGUAAAACCAUCUGAAAGAUGCUUCUGUUCUUCGCAUUCAGUGCUCUUGUUCUCGGAACAUCUCUGGCCAGUCCACCGCAACAACAGAAACCAGAAUGUUGCCAUCAAGUACUGCAGAGCUUGACUGCACGGCUAGACGCUUUGUCUCAAGAGGUGAAGACGCUUAGUUCUGCUUUCUUUGCUGUCCACCAUGCCCGCUCUUUUGGAAGUGGCAGUGAAAGAUUAUUCGUGACCAACGGACACGAAGGCAACUUUGACACCGCAAACCGCACCUGCAUCCAAGCAAGGGGCUACGUACCUGCUCCUCAGAAUGAGGCUGAGAACAAUGCCCUGGUCAAUGUGGCAAAGAGGCACAGCAAAACAGCGUACCUUGGCCACAUUUCUGCCGGGUACUCUAACUGGGCACCUGGGGAACCAAGCAGCCCUAAGGGAGCGAAGAGCUGUGUGAAAAUUGAUCAAGAAGGCAAGUGGAGCGCCACAUCUUGUGAAGAACAACUCUUGCUAAUUUGUGAAUUUUUUGUUGUUUAG